AUGUCUUUACGCGGUGAGUGCAUCAUUUGUUACUCAGCAUUCACUCCGACAACAGUCUCUGCUUUGCCAUGUGGACACACGUUUCACGAGCAGUGCAUCGGGCAGUGGCUAGAUACACCUGGUCGAGGAUGCCCGAAUUGUCGAAGAGAAUGUCAGGCGAAAGAUGUUACUCGUAUAUUUUUCGAGAAUGGCGACUUGAAUGAUACUUUAAACGUGACAACACAAGAGGGUGGUGAAGGAGAUCUGCUGGCCAAAAACAAAGAUUUACAAGCUCGUUUGAAUGAUGUUGCUGCUAAAGAAUCGAAAGCAAAGAAGGAUCUAUCUAUGCAAAAUGGAAAACUGGAAACUCUGAAAACUCUUGUUGCAAGUGAAAAAAGGACGGCGAAAAGGGCUACUCUGAAACUCGAGUUGAAAAGGGCUGAAUUAUUGCAAGUCCGAUCCAUGCUACACGACGUUAAUGAAACGAAGAGCGAGAACAAGCUCUUAAAGCAACAGCUUGAAGCGAGUGAUUUUUACAAAAGUAAAAUGGUUCAAGAGCUGGAAGUGAAGAAUAAAAGGCUUUCUGAACUUGAAAUGGAGAAGAAACAUUUGCAAGAGGCGGUGCGCACGCUCACUGAAGAAUGCAAACAUCAAGGAGUGACACCUCAGAAUCCAAAAAUUAAAAAGCUAUUGGCUCUCAGCCCCUCACGCAGAGACUCCUCAGAUCGUAUUGAUAGAAUGAAGAAAACAAUGAGGGAAAAAGGCCUGGUUAUGCCUUCUAAAACUGAAGCUAUAAAGAAGCCCACAUGGUCCGAGGAGAAGAAAAAAACAUCGAAUGUUGAUAAGUUUGACAAGAUUCGUGUUCCAAAAGGAGUCGCUCAACGAGUAGUGCCUUCAGUUACUACGGGCGAGCCUACGUUGCACAAAAGGGUUAUAGAUAGACUUUCAGCUCUUAAGACCAAAAAUGUUUCCAAAAGUGGUGCGGAUGAACUUGGCGGCUCAAUUCAUCGUCUUGGUGAUCGUGCUCUGACCCCUAUCGAAAAUGCUCCUUCAAGCUCCUCGUCGAUUUUGGGUCGCUCGAGUUUGCCGCUUCAAAGCUUCGCUUCAAAACGUCCAGCUCAACCAAUCAUCGAGGCUCUGAAAGCCAAAAGGAAGCUCACGACCAGCAUCAAAUCCAACGCUGUCAUCACUUUGGAC